AUGAAAUGCAUGCAGGCAAACAAGACGUCAAUCCUGGUAGACGCGUCAAAAUACAUCAAGGAGCUCAAGGACAAGGUUGAAGCAGCAGCUGCAGCCUCAUGGUCACAAGCUGACACUGACAGCAGUAGUGCUUUUGGUUCUGGAAGCGCCAUGCCAGCAACGGCCUUGGAGGACCUCGGCCUCGAUGUCCUCGAUGCCAACAUCUCCUGCGCCGACGACACCGCCUUCCGCUUCCAAGCGCUCGGCGGAUCAGGCCAGCAGGGCAAGCAGCAGCAGCAGGGGGGAAGCGUGGAUGAGCAAAUGGUUCAGCAAGCUGUCUUGCAGGCCAUCAUCAAAUGCAUGGACGAUGAUGAUGAGUACUAA